AUGGCGGAAACAACCGGCAUUUACGCGGAGGAUAUUGUCAAAAAUUCUCAAGGAAUUGUUGGGCUUGUUUUGGAAGAUGCAGAAGAAACAUCUGAUGAAUCGGACAGCGAAGAAGAGGCGCUCAAGAAGGGUCACAUCGUAGUGUGUUGGUACCCUUCAGGGAACGAAGAAACCUUGUCGCUUACUAAGGUAAUUUUUUAUUUAAUCUUUCAGUUCUUCACGUUUUAGUAGAACUUUUGCCGUACUUGAGUGCUAUUUCGCUGUUUUUUUUUCAAUCAUUCUUACCUAAUGAGACCGAUUUUUAAACCUUUUGACGUAAUCGCAAUUGAUACGGCUCCGGCCUUUAGGGAGAUAAUUUCUAAAUUGUAAGUAAAGGCACUUAUCUUUGUAUUGCGAUAUUGUUUUGAAACGUGUUAAAGGAUGAGCUAAAAUAUUAACAACUUCCUCGAUUUACAGAAUAUUUAGAGUUUGCUCCCUUUUUUUCAUGUGCUCCAUACCUUUCGUGAGGAUGAAUUUGUUUAAAAAGUAUUUCCGAUUUGAUAAGGUUAUGCCUGGGUUUUUCCGCCUUGCUUGUCGAACACCUGAACAAAUACAAGGUACUUCAUUUCGAUAUUGCACACCACUCGUUUAAUCGACUUUUUUAAAUUUAUUUUUGGAACAAAACAUAAAAGGCAAACUUUUUUCUUCACUGUGUACAUUAUAAAUCGCCCACACCUUUCCAAAUCGUUACUCUCGUGCCUAAUUUUUUAAAACAUUAUUAACCACUAAAAUUCACACAAUGUAAGCUAUGCAGAUUUACAUGUUUUCUGGUUUAAUAUCUUUUUUUCAACUCUUGUUGUAAAUGUUAAGAGACUUGUUAUUGUAUAGGGUCUUGUUUUUAACAUUAUUAAAUGGUUAGGUCAAUGAAUAAGUGAAAUGAUCAGAAUCUUGCUGACUAUGUUAAAAAUCAGUUUGGUGGCUGAAGGGGAAGAAUUUCUUGGAUUAUAGAGCUCACACUCUGACACUUGUGGGAGGAACUGUUCGUCCAUUAUAGUUAGGUACAGAGGGAGGGUCUGCAUUCAGUUCAAACCUCGUAACCUUUUAUUACUACAUGCAUGAACUAUCAUUAACUGAAAAGGUAUCCUUUUUCAUACCCCUCACCUAGAAAAUGGUUGUGCUUUCAGAUAGCAAUUGUUUUGCACUUCAUUCUCGGAGCAUCAUAAGGAUCAAAAAUAGGGAACUUUACUUUUUCAAGUGUUUAUCUUGUUCACCUUCAUGUGAGCUAUUGCUCCCUUUUGGAUGUGUCAAUGGUAGUUCUCUUAGUUCUUUUUCUGUUUGAAGAAAUUCCUGCCCUUCUGUUUACCUCUAGUCCAAAAAUGGAACAUGUGGCUCUUCAUGUGGGGCAUCCUUGUAUAGCUAAUUACCUUGAAUUGUUUAUUGUUCAUUAUGGAGAUCAAUAAGCUUUGAUAUGUUUUUCAGGUCAAACUAGCAGACAGGUCUCUCCUUCCAGGUGAUGUUGUUAAGUUUUCUGAUGUGCAGAAAGGAACCCAGAAAGGAUUCGUCUGCAAUGUUGAAGUUGUUGCCAGUGUCAAUGUUCUGGUGGCUAACCAGAAUUUUCAUAAUGUGGACUGUAAAGAACUUUCUCCCUUACAGGUAUUUGUAAAAUGUGUCCAAUUAUUAGUUUAAAACACAUGUAUAGGUUGUGUCUUUUGCACAAGGAAAUUGACUCACCCAAUCAAAACUAUCAAAGUUUCCAACACAUAGAUUGAUAAGUGGAGUGCUCUAUGUGGUCCCCACAGGUUGUCUCAUGCUUAUCUUCAGGGUUGUUGGACAACUCCCUUUUUUGUAAUGAUGGUUCUAGGAGCUAAUAAAUUUACCAUACUUUUCUGGGUUAGCUCUGAAAGGUGUAUCAGACCCUGGAGUGUCAGUAAGUGGUGAUUUCCUUCAUGGGAUUCAUCAACAUGAAAACUAAGAAACAAUUUGUCAAGCUAUAGAAAGAUGUUUUUUGUCUUGUCACAAACAUGGGAUAAAGAAAAAAUUCUGAGUCCCCAUGAGGAAUCAAACCUCAGACCUUCAGAUUCAGCACUCUGAUGCUUUACCACAGAGCCACAGAGACUCUAUGGUAAGUGAGGUCUACUAUGAAGUUUAUUUGACUUGUAAGCGUCCUGUAUACUACUAGGAGCAUGGGACAAAUAAAAAACUCUGAGUCUUCAUGAGGAAUUGAAUCUCGGACCAUCAAGCUAUUCUGUCAUAAAACUAAAACCAAAGUAAGUUCAAUAAGAGUGAUGGAAAAUGGAACAGGAAGCCAUUCAGGACUUUAAGUAAAAAAAACAAGUAAACACCCUGAAGAACAAGAAAACAUGGAUGACAAGGUGGCAAGUGGUUUUCUCAUUGUGUCUGAUUGGUCAAGAGGCUUAUACCCUAUUCACACCAGCAAAACAUGUUUUGUGAAACUGGUUUUUACUGAUUGAAAAUCAUAAAUAGAGAACUGAAAAACUUAAUUUUCCAUAGGAUUCAAGUACUUGCUAACUUGCAUUUAUAAUGUGCUGCAUUUAAGUAAAAAAUAUUAGGUUCAGUAGUUUCUAAGAAGAAAAAAAUUAAACUGUGUUUAACAAAACAACUUUAAAACAUGUUUAAGCUUUGGUGUGAAUGGGGUAUUAGUUUAAUAUCCCAGACAAUUACAGGCCAUUCUGGUGCAAAAUCAAUGGAUUUCUUCAGUUAUUCCAUUGGAAGUUACUCUCAAUUGUAUGUACAAAUUAAAAGUAAUGACUGCUCCAUCAGGUACAAAUUUUGAAAUGUACUGUGAUUACCUUUAGUGAAUGCUAGAUCUUACACUUUUUUCUAUGUAGGAGUUUGUUCCUGGAUUACCUGUGAGCCUGGGCCCUUGGCUUGGAAUAGUCACUGAGGUUUAUCGCAAGGUUGUACUAAGAAUCAAGAAUGGCUCCAGGUGCAUUUGUGCUUGCUUUGAAGUAUCUUAUUAGUUAUAUUGCUCUAUGGAGGAGUUGUAAGGCAAAUGAGGAUCCUACAUAUUACCAGCAUCUGUGUGCUUUGAUAGUUUUCAGGAGUGCGCAUGAUAUUUUGUAUAACACAUGUUUGAUACAGUGAAAAUCCAGUUUAAAACAUGCCACUUUUAUAGCUGCUUCCAUUUCAAUUGUACAAUGCAUAUGACAGAUAUUAGUCAAUGUUUUAUUUCUCAGGGUCCAGUACAUCAUGUGCCCUGGUUGUUUGUGGUGUGGAUAAUGUUAUCCAGUGGAUAAAUGUCUAUGGUUAGCACAGUAUGUUUUGUUUACAUUUAUCCACUGGAUAGAGAUUUAACCAUUGGAUAGCCAUAUUCACCCUUUGAUUGACUGGGCCCUGCACAAUGUACAAUAGUGUAAUACAUCUGACUGUUGUAUAGUUUUGGGAAGUAAAAAGUCCACCAACUGCUUAUUUUUCUUCUACAAUACACCAUUGAUAGUGAGUAAACUAUUCAAUUUACAAAUUCAAAAAUUGUGUGUGAAAUACAGGUGCAGUUUGGAAGGAGAGCAGGCUUCAAUGAUUUAUGACACAAGUGAUCAACGUGAUGAGGUAACUCAAUUUCAGUGACCCUAUGCAAACCAUGAUGGUGACAGUGGGAUUGGGGCCAAACAAAAGAUUGACAAGCUGACCAACUGCUCAGCGCAUUUGUGUUAAGAUUUUGCACUUUUCCUAGCACUUCAGUCCAAAACAAUCAAAUGAAAUCUUUAAAAUUUGUGUGAAGAAAAUACAAAUCCAGUUUUUAAAUCUUUUUUUCCAUAGUGUUUCAGUCGUGACUACUUAAGGUCCUUAUUAUUUGUGUAAUGAAAUGAACUCAUGAAGGAUAAUUUGGUUUGGUUUUAAUUUCAAGUAUGCUCUAAUAAUGAUAUUUAAUUUAUUGUGUACCAUAAUUUUUUUUUACAGGGUGCAAUUAAGCUCAUUACAUACAUUUGAUUAAAUGUAGCAGGCUGAGACAAGUGUUGUAGAACUGCUUGUGCAUAGAUUUAAUGGAAACAAAAGAAAAUAUAAUUUAAACCAAAUAAAAAUCACUUACUGGUAGCCUAAGUUCAUUUCAAACUACAACAUCAACACCAUGACUUAAAAAUACUUUAACAUGUAUAAAUAAUUUAUUGUACCAUCAAUAUUACUGUCAGUCAUACAAAUGGACUGGUAAAAGCAAUGUUUGGAGCAUGGAAUAUGACCCUUUGUACUGUCCUAAACAUUGCACUUGUUCUUUGAAAUGUUCAUUCUUCCCUUUCCCUGCUGAUUACUUUGCAUCUUGUUUCAUGUUUUUAGGAUUCCCCUUUCUAUUCUGCAUCAUUUUAUCCGGGCCAGAAGGUUGCUGGUCCUUCACGAGCAUUUAAAGAAGCUAAAUGGCUAUCAGGAGUGAAGCCUGUCAUUCACAAUCAAGCCCAGAUCAAAGGAACUGUGGAGGAGGUCAGCAGAACCAAAACUUUUUCCCGCUCUUAAAAUUUGUCUUCUUCUGGCCCUGGUUGUUUGAAGGUUGGAUAACACUAUCCACUGGAUAAAACUCUAUACGGUGGAUAAUGCUAGACGUUUUGUUAUCACUUAUCCACUGGAUAACGUUAUCCGACCUUUAUACAACUGGGCCCUGUUGGAAAAAUCAGAGCUUUGUAUAAUUUGAAAAAACGUUUGUAGUGUUGUUGUUAAACUUAGAAAACCAUGAACACCUGAAAUGUGUUGGGCAUGUCUUUUCUGUUGUUGCCAAUUACUUAAGGGAUGAGGAUGGUAAGUAAACCACAAAACAACAAACAAAUUGGCAUUAUUUUUUGCAAUUGCAUUAGACACUAAAACAUUUCAGAAACAUGUCUCAUGUUCAUGGUUUUCUGCAAGUAGACCUGUAGUCCAAUUUAAGGGGUGUGAUCUAAUUUUAUUUUAUUUUUAUUAACAUCAGGCAAGUAUUAUUGCGUGUGAUGUAGACUGGCAGAUCUGUGGUGCCUGCCAAAAUAAUUCCCAAGAAGAUGAAUGUCUUAAACCACCUGAUCCCACAGUAACACAGGAACAACUUCACAGGUUAGUGAUCGUUCUGGGCCUAGUUGUGGAAAGGCCGAUUGACACCAACCUAAGGUUAAAUUUUAAUUUGGGUUUCUUUAUUCCUUGGUUCAAAAGCGGUUUUGGGGUAAUUUUUCUUUUCUUCUUUGAGCAUCCAAUCAUCAAAUUGUAGACCAAGGGAAUUAUCCUGAAUUUUCUUUUUAAGCUUUCAGAUCUGAAAUCAGGGUCAUCUUUACCCAGGUCUGUACUGCAAUACACUGCAGUACUAUAUUCCUUCUAGUCUGGGUUUCUUUGUGUACGAGUUAUCUGCUUUGUGAUGUUAGGUAAUUGACUCUGAGGGGAAAUGAGUUGGUCUGAAAUAAGUUAAUCGCCAAUUUUGGAACUAGUUUUGUCUCUUCUCCAAAGAUACCAUGUAUAUAUGUUAAGGGAAUUUACUGUUCCUUCCUUUUCUUUUCUCUUCUUUGGGAUUGGCUGUGGACCAGACGUACCUACAGUCAAUUUCGACUCUUAUCUUGUCAUAAAUUUGUUUUUCAGGCUGCUCGUUGCGAACCGUUUUCGACAUGCAAGCGUUCAGAUUGGGGAUAAAGCAUUCUAUACAUUGAAAGCUCGCGAUCUAAGACUUGCCGCGAGUGGAGGGAACUUUUCAUCCAAACAGGAAAGCUUUGAUGAUGAGAAUACGGAGGGACUUGAGGUGCUCAGCGAGCGUGCGCCUACCAAUCCAGUAUCCGACAGUCAGAUAGACGGGUGUAGUGUACAUAAGCAAGAGACCUCUAAUAGUGGAAAAGCAGAAUUAGGUGAUUCUCAGGAGAGGACAACAACAGGUGCCAGUGCGAGUUUGAGCUCUGGAGGGAGUUCAGGGAGUUUCUAUUCAGCUGAAAGUGAAUCCAAAAACUCUAGUUCAUCGACGUCGGUAACUUCUUUAUGCGACUCCAAUCUUCCUGCGCCCACAGAAACAUCCUCAAUUACGAAAGACCCUUCUGCCUGUCAGGCUUCUGAAACAGGAUUAGCUCAGAGUGGAGCUAAUCAGGUGGAUACGCAUGACGAGCAGCCUCAUACCACCGGCUCUGAUUCCGCAGAAGCAGAUGCAGAUGCAGAUGAAGAUUCGGAUGGUCUUGAAGUUGUUAUACCAAAAGUAAAAGGCGCAAAUAUUGCGGGUGCUCUUAAACAUGACUCUGGUCUGUCCCAUGGGGUACGCUACCCGACUAAGCGAAGGAAGAAGCGUCUAAGAAGGAAGCGGAAAGUAGCUCCACCCUUGCAAGUGAAGGUCGGUGACAAGGUGUGUGUGGAAGUGUCAAAUACUUGUACCACAGUGGAUGUUAUCUGGCAGGAUGGCUCCAAACAGGAAAAGGUGUUAUCCACGGAUUUGAUACCAGUGUUUCACUUAGACGAGCUGGAGUUCUUUCCAGGAGAUUAUGUGUCUGAUAAAAGGGGUCAGUUACGUAUUAAAUCUAAUACGUGUCAUUUCUUGAAGGAAUUCGAAGAUUCAGUUCGGAAUCACUUAAAUCCCUUUAACUAUAUGUACUUUUGGUUAGUUUACAGCUGUACUUUCGACACUCAAUCGAAAACUGCUCUGAUGUAAUGAUCAGUUUUAAUCCUUUGCUAGCCCUUGCGGUGAAAGGCCCACUCAAAUGCACGCAACAUUUCAACAUUGUUGUACCGUGCUGCGAGAUGUUGUGAAAGUGCUCAGUGGCCAAACGCGCGCAACAUUUUGCAACAUUAAAAAAUGUUGCAACAAAAAUUUGACUAUUUUCAGACUUUAUUUAACACCAUCCAACAUCUUGAAACAUGUUGCAGUAUGUUGCUAUAGGGUGGCCUAACGUGUGGAACGCGUUGCGUGCAAAAACGUUGCAAGAUGUUGCAUGCGUUUGGUCGGGCCUUAAAGGACCCCAAACUUACCAUCUCGGCCACCAUGAAAAGAGAGAGUUAUUAAAUUCUAGAGCCUUAAAACGUUACUUAGUUUUUUGGCAUGUGUGGCUCUUUCUUUAAGAUCUUCGCUGAUUCAUUCAGUCGUGCGCGAAUAUUGUGUUUGCUUUUCUUUUCUAAAUAGAGGUUAUGUUAGGUUCUUAUUUUUGAAAGGUAAGGAAACCCCACAUUUGGAAGUAAUUACCAUUCUGCGACAAUGCUAUCUACACAGAGAAUGCAGAUUCGUCAAAGUAUGGUGUCGUACUCACUGCUGACCAUCAGUCACGCUUGUGUUACAUCAAGUGGUUCUCGCGAGAUGGUGAAGAACUGAGUGUGGAACGUGACGUGAGCGUGUACGACAUCACUGAGCAUACGGAUUUCGUGUUCAGCGUAGGAGAUGUUGUGGUGCGCAUGGCAAGGGAUGACUAUGAAAACGAGGGCGAUCAGAAUUCUGACACAACAACUUCAUGUAUAGGUCAGGUAGGGUGACUUUAAGCAAGUUCUUUGGAAGUCAGGUAACAGUUUGUUAAUUUACAGAUCAGCCCCUUUAUCUCAGUUUCUUUAUAUUUCCCAUAUCUUCAGGUCACACGAGUGGACGACGAAGGCAGUGUGUCCAUCCGAUGGGUGGACAGCACGGUCUCCAAAGUUAAACCUCAGGAGCUGUACAAAUUUGAUACCGAGGUAAUGUCAGUUGUUCAGGGUACUUUGUGAAAGUGUGAUAGUUUAACUGAGUAUAUCGUUCUGAUGUCCAUGUUUUCCAUGCUUUGCUGCUCCACGCAUUCUGCCACCGGGCUAAGUGAAGCUUCUGUACUGUUCGUGCCUAGCGUGAUUUAACCCAGGUGGAGUGUUAAAGCAGGAUUUCCAAGCGUUUUGAAGCGUUACUGACAUCUAUUAAUUAAAUGAUUGACCGACGUUUUAGGACGAUGGACAGCUGUCAUCAGAUGGUUCCACCAUGGCAUCAGAUGAUGAAUGGGAGACCACGAGUGGGGAGAGUACUGAAGAAGAUGGGCCUCUUGACAUCAUGGAUCACGUGCCAAGGCACGGCUCCUCAGCUGGUGAGGAGGAGAAUGUCGACGGAGAGGUCCUACAGGAGGCGAACAACAGGAUCAACGAAAUUGUGUCAAAUACAAAUCCUGGUAAAGUAUUUUUGAGCGUUUUACGGAAAAUGAGACUUAGAUAUUUGUCCUUGGUAAUGCACUUUGAAACAUUUUAAAAUGUUUGAUUUUGACAGGCGCCCAUGUAAACUUCUCUGAUUAAUUUCCAUAUUCAUGCCAUUAGACAUUAAUUUUAACAAAUGAUAAUUUUUUUCACUUCACAGCUUUUAUGACUUUCGAAAAUGUUCCUGAAGAGCACAUCUACUUUCAUACCACAUUCCAGGCGCAAAAUCCUGGUCGCUUCUUGUCGUGUCUGCGAAAAGAGAUGGCUCUUCUUAAGUUUUCACUCCCAGCCGGAAUCAUAGUCCGAGGAUACGAGAAUCGUGUGGUGAGUGUCCUUUUAUCAGUGUUAUAGAGAGGGAAGACAGACAGACAGAGAGAGAGAGAGCAGAAAAAACAAAAAAAUUUCUAUGCAUCUCUUUGAUGCUGGUACAUAUUCACGACAUGAAAACAGUGAGUGGGUCAUUAAACUAGACGACUUUUGACGCGGUGUUGCUACAGUGAAGUCAUUUGGCACGAAUCGAGCGGCUUUUUCUAUAAAAAGUGGUCGUAUAUUGCGUCAAACGGUGAGUGAAGGGUUGGAGAGUAACCAAAAAAUCUGCAACAUGCAGUUCUACCUGGCAAUUAGCUGACACAAUAAAUUUUGGGUUGAAAUUGCCUCUUGCAUCAAGUCAUCAGCAAAUAUUGACCAUUCCGUUUAAUAUCAUUACGGUUGUUCCUGUCUCUCUGGGAAUCCUCUACUUUAAGCCAGUCUUACUCGUUACUAAAAAUGCAUUUAUUUUCUCUUAUAUACCUCAUUAUUUUAGUCUUUUCAAAUUUGAAGCUACGUUAGGUUUUUAUGACCAUAUCGAGUUGGUCGUAUUGUAUUAUGCUUAAGAAAUGAUUUGAAUGGAUCUGUUAAUUGUCCAAACUUUCAGCCUUCAUCGUCAGGUUCAAGAUACUCGUGAAUAUAGGUACUCUUUUACUGCAGUUCUGCGUUGAAAUGACCUUUAUCAAGAGCUCUUAAUAAGCCCCUUUUAUUUUUGCACCAGGAUAUUCUGAGGGUCAUGAUUACUGGGCCUGUGGGAACCCCAUACGAACAUGGACUGUUUGUUUUUGAUGUCCGGCUGCCGCCAGAUUACCCUGCCUCUCCCCCUGUGUUCUACUACCUGUCCCAGUGCUCCGGUCGUUUAAAUCCAAACCUUUACGAGGACGGCAAGGUUUGUGUGAGUCUACUGGGAACCUGGGCCGGGCGUGGAAGCGAGGUUUGGACGUCCAAGUCGAACGUGCUUCAAGUUUUGGUAUCAAUACAAGGUAAUGCAUUGCAAUUUUUUGAUGGUGAGUGUUCCUCAUGCUUCAUUCUUGUCGACAUUUCUAUCACAACCAAAAAUUGGCAAUUGUUGCCAAACAACUGGUAGAAAAAUCUUAAAUUUUGCGAAGAGGGGUGAAUUGCAAAGGAUUAGAAUUACGCUCAGGAGGAGUAGGUAGACAUUUUUAAGGACAAAAUCGAUUUUAAUUGUAUUCUGUACAGUUUUUUUUUUUACGAUCAAGCCUUAUUUUAAUGCUAGUUUACUUCCCUCCAGGACUAAUUUUAUGCAGUGAACCAUAUUACAACGAAGCUGGGUAUGAAAAACAGAGAGGAACCGCGCAGGGAUUGGAGAAUAGUCGCCUGUACAAUGAAAUGGUUUUACUGAAACUGGUCCAGUCGAUGGAGAAACUUGUCACAAAACCUCCAAGCGGCUUGGAAAAAGAAAUACUACAGCACUUCGCGCAUCAUGGAGCAAGGUGAGAUAUCAUCAGUUGGUCAGUUAGCAAGUCGGUUAGUCAGGCAUGCAGAUUAAGAGACCGAUGUUAAUAACUCAUCCGUCGGUAGUUGUUUAAUUAGCUCUUAGUUGAUUUACAUAGACAUACUUGUGCGUCCGUCUAUUGGUCAGAGACAGAGACGGAUUGACAGACUAACAGAUGGACAGACAUGCAGGCAAAGGUCGAGGCGGCUGAUACACACAGUAUGUGUACCGAAACUAGCUGUUUUGCUAUAGAUUAAUUCUUGAAGUUGUCGUGGUAAAAGUAAAACCUCUAGCAGAGAUAGCGUGGACUCUCGGAGCAAGAUUCGAGUUAAAUUAGGCCAUGGUCUUCAUUAUCCACUUACAGUCCUAACCGCAGGAGCAAAGUUGUCGGUAAGGUUGGUGACCUGAGUAUUGUCUUUCGAACCUCGACUUAUUCAGCUGGUUUUUGAAUACUUUGACUCAAAGUUCAAGCCGGACAACACUUUUUGUUGGGGAAAUUACUACUCGAAAGAGGGCAUAGUUCGUCUUAGACAUGAGAUGUUGAUAGCUUUGUACCUUGACUGCAACAAGAUAUUUCCGUAAAAAUUUUAGCCAUAAUUAUGACCAUUUCUGUUACCUCUUCACAGAAUGAUACAAAAAUUCAAGCGGUGGAUUGAUCUUUUCCACGAGCAGGAGACAACACUGUCCGAAUGCGAAAAUGGCGACCCUAAGGAUUAUGGUGCGGCUGGUGAACUGAGACAUAUAGAAGAAACCGUCCAUGACGUCAUCGUCGCAGAAGCAACGCGAACUAAGUCUGUACCGGGAUGCGAUAACGAACAGAUGUUGAACGGUCAUUCUUCAGCGGGAGAACUAGAACCAAACGAGGGGCAAGGACAAAAUGAACUUGUAAAGAACUGCGUCGCUGAAAAUGACGUUACGAACGAAGCCAACGACCCCGAGGGUAAAGGGGCGAGUUGUCUAGAUCCAUCUCCCGAAGGCAAAACCUCGAAAACCGAGAACGACGGCGUAUGUCAAGGUGCGACCUCGUGGGAAAAGAUCGGCCCCGAUUAUCCCUUGUUUCCACUCUCUCGCGGAUUUUGUCUGAGUCUCAGGAGAGCGUUGGAAAGUUUCCAGAAGGCUUUGGACAAGGCAGUACUGAAGCCUUAAUAACAAUGACAAAUCAGUGACGCUGUAAAUUAUAAAGCAAAAAAGACAUAUUGUUAUCGAAAAAGGGUUUUAAAAGUUAUUUAUAUUUUUGAAUGCACAAUGCAAGAUUUAUGAAUUCUGGAAAGCUGCUAUGCAGUGGUAUAUUCGUUAUUUUGAGUCCUUGAAAACCUCAAGAAAGUAAAUUGAACAAAUAAAUUGAAAAAUGUCGUAUUUUCCUCAAAGUGACGACCUGCAUUCUUUAUGAGAAGUGCUAUGUAUCACACUUAAAUUUUGUCUCCAUAGCCUUUCCUUUUGUUUGCAAAUCUGCUCUGACCUUUUCUCUUCAGUUGUCUUACACUUCUUGGAAUUACUAUAAACCAAAGUGUUAACGUGAGACAAUCGUAGCUGAUUUUGAACAGGUGAAAAAAAUCUUAUCUCAAAAGCUUAUUGAUUGACGCAGAGUCUUAAUUACUAAACAACAAAGGUAGAGCUAAGAUUACUAAAUAAGAGUGCCUUUCGGUCAACUGUUAUAAAACAGAGACCAAAGUAAUCUCAAUGGCAAAUCUGAACAGAGAAAAACAGUAUAAAAGGUCAAUGAGAAGCCAAAGUAAGAACAUUUAAGCUUCCUUAAACGGAUUGGGUAGGCGAAGAGUAAGUUGCUACUGGUUUUAUUCUUUUAACUAAUUAUUGCGAGGGUGGAGCAAUAUUUCUUGAAUCA